AAUGGAGAAGUCUAUGGAUCUUGUACCGGGUUUGGUUGUUUUUCUCGCUGCAGCUCACGUCAUCGCCUUGGUUUACUGGAUUUACAGAUUGGCUUCUGAUCGUCAGCCUCAGAGACAAAAAUCUCACUGAUUGGACU